CUAUCUCGUUUCGCUUAUUUGCUGUAGGGAAACACUUUCCGAAUACGUCGGCAUCGAAAUAACAACACAUAACUUUACAAGCCGCUGCAUUCGGAUGCUGCGUGAGUUGAGUCUUUACCAACGCACAAACUAACCGCUCAAUCGAUACGUGAUAGUAAUUUAUAGUUAGCAUUUCCUUUCACUACACGGUGCGGUGUUUCGCCCGAUAGUACAACUCCUAAAUAUCAAUCUGCCUUCUCGCUGGAAAGCUAAAAGUGUCGAUUCAAACUCCGGACUCUUGCAUAUUUCCCAAUGGCUAUCAAAGCUGGAAUGGGAAGAAAAUCUUCCAAUAAAAAUCCUCCGUUUUUCAGCCAUGAGUUUGUUAUUCAAAACCAUGCAGAUAUUGUGUCGUGCAUUGCGAUGAUUUUCGUCGUAGGAAUAAUGCUUCAGCCGACACAAUCACUAGCUAGCACCUUCGUUGCCUUACGACACAAUGUAUCCGGAGCCGAUCCAAACCAGGAAAACCCUAUGGGUGUGCAAUAUCUGUACACGGCCGGCUGGAAAGAUGCGUGUGCGGUGUUUUUCUACACCCUUAUCUGCAUCAUCAUGCACGCUAUUUUACAGGAAUAUGUUCUGGAUAAAAUAUCCAAAAAGCUGCACUUAUCCAAGUUCAAACUGUCGCGCUUCAAUGAGUCCGGUCAGCUGGUAGUCUUCUACGCAAUGUCCUUUCUGUGGGGAUUGGAUCUCAUCGUGCGCGAACAGUACAUUGGAAACCUACAAAGAAUGUGGGAAGGAUAUCCUGAUCACCCGAUGAUUUUCCUACAUAAGAUGUUUUUCAUUAUUCAACUGGCCUACUAUGCGCAUAUGUUGCCCGAACUGUACUUCCAAAAGGUGAAGAAAGACGAACAAAAACCCAAGAUUCAACAUGCAGUGGGCGGCCUGUUCAUGAUCGGCGUAGCCUACUUCCUUGGAUUCCAACGUAUCGCUCUCGUUCUCCUGACCUUGCACUAUUUCUGUGAAUUUGUCGCCCAUGCCUUCCAGUUGGUCGAUAUAGUCGAUAAGGAGGGCAAGUUCGCUAAAUUGCGCCUCGUACACAGUGGACUGUUUAUUCUUACCCGUUUCGCGACAAUGGUCCUGUCGGUGCUCACGCUAUUUUACAGUAUAGACAACAUUUCCCAAUCUACGCGUGUUUUGAUGCUGUCGAUGGUGUUCGGUUUACAAGGAUAUUUGUUUUUCGAUUUCAUUUCCAAUUUUCUUCGCUCUAAGCGGGAAAGCUCCUCAGAAGAGCGCGCUAAAAUAGUGGUCAGCGCGGAUAAGUCUGAAAAAUCGAAGAAACAAAAGAAAAAGGAAAGCGAUCUUCCGGAAGCCGAUCAAAACUCAGCCCAAUCCUCUCCCAAAGCUGCUGGCAAUAACGUACGCAAGGCGAAAGUAAAGUAAAACUCUACCGAGCCGUAAAAUUAGCCAGUUUUUUUCCAUCCAUUUUUACUGGUCGCAUUGUUUCCUUCAAAGAAAGAUACAGUAUAGCAACAAUUAAUAGUGAAACGAGCUCAUUUGAAAGCAGCACAGAAAAUAUGGCAUGUUAUAGCUUGGCUGUUGUACGAAUGUUGUACGAGCUACCCGUGAAUGCAGUCGCGAACAAAUUUACGUUGUGUCGGAUCGACAUGUCGACAUGUUUUACGUUUGUGCGUCAAAGGUAAAAUAUUUAUGUGAAGACUCUUUUGAACAUUGUUUUGUUUUGUUCUGCUUUUUGGCUCGCAACCGGAAAUGCAUUUAUCUAAAAGAUAAAGUUUAGUACAGAGAGGUUCGCGCUUGCAGGUUAAAGUCUUGGAGGUAUUAUUCUGAUUCUGCCGCUCCCACUUAAGUGCUACCCAGGUAUUUUUCUGAAAAUAAUUUUUGUCCAUUCUUAUACAAAUAAUAACAAUUGCUAACAAACUUUCUA